AUGGCCUUUGCUAUUGAUGAGAUCAACAACAGCUCCAAUCUGCUUCCUAAUAUCACUCUGGGAUACAGUCUUUUGGACAACUGUGGUGCACUUGUUGUUGGAUUGAGUGGUGCAUUAUCAUUGGCCAGUGGUCGAGAGGAGCAGUUUCUGCUUCAGGAGAACUGUUCUGGGACCCCUCCAAUCCUCGGGAUUGUGCGUGCCAUGAUUCAGAUUCUGAAACACUUUGGCUGGACUUGGGUGGGUCUUCUGGUCAGUGAUGAUGACUAUGGACUCCAUGUUGCCCGAUCCUUUCAGUCUGACCUGGCUCAGUCUGGUGGAGGUUGUCUGGCCUACCUAGAGGUUUUGCCCUGGGACAGUGACUCAAACAACUUCAAUGAGGCCAAACUCAUCACUUUCAGCAUGCUGAUCUUCUGUGCUGUGUGGGUGGCCUUUGUUCCUGCUUAUGUCAACUCUCCAGGCAAAUAUGCAGAUGCAGUGGAGUUUCAUCUAAAUGAAAUUCACAAGCCUGGUGAUAUGAUUCUGGGUGGGCUGUUUGAAAUACAUUACACAUCAGUUUUCCCAAAGUGGACGUUUACUUCGGAGCCAGAACAGCCUACUUGCAAAGGUUUUGAUACUCUAGGGUUCAGGCAGGCCAUGACCAUGGCCUUUGCUAUUGAUGAGAUCAACAACAGCUCCAAUCUGCUUCCUAAUAUCACUCUGGGAUACACUCUGUAUGACAACUGUGGUGCACUUGUUGUUGGAUUGAGUGGUGCAUUAUCAAUGGCAAGUGGUCGAGAGGAGCAGUUUCUGCUUCAGCAGAACUGUUUAGGGACCCCUCCAGUUGUGGGCAUUGUGGGUGAUUCAUUCUCAACAAAUUCUAUUGCCAUCUCCAAUGUGCUGGGUCAAUACAAAGUGCCCAUCGUGAGUUAUUUUUCCACAUGUUCCUGCCUGAGUGAUCGGCAACGGUUUCCAUCCUUCUUUAGAACAAUCCCAAGUGAUGCUUUCCAGGUGCGUGCCAUGAUUCAGAUUCUUAAACAUUUUGGCUGGACUUGGGUGGGUCUUCUGGUCAGUGAUGAUGACUAUGGACUCCAUGUUGCCCGAUCGUUUCAGUCUGACCUGGCUCAGUCUGGUGGAGGUUGUCUGGCCUACCUGGAGGUUUUGCCCUGGGACAGUGACUCAAGUGAACUCAGUAGGAUUGUACAUUUGAUAAAGACAUCAACAGCUCAUGUGGUCAUGGCGUUUGCACAUGAGUUCAACAUGAUUUAUCUCAUGGAAGAGGUGGUGAGGCAGAAUGUUACAGGCCUGCAGUGGAUGGCCAGUGAAGCUUGGACAUCAGCUGCUGUGCUGCAGACACCCCGCCUCAUGCCGUACCUGGGUGGCACCCUGGGCAUUGCCAUCCGCAGAGGAGAAAUGGCAGGACUUAGAGAAUUCCUCUUGCAAAUACGUCCUGACCAAAAGGAAAAUGAGAGCUAUGGAAAUAACAUUGUAAGACAGUUUUGGGAAUACAUGUUUCAGUGUAAAUUUGAUCCAACGGGUCGGUUUGACGCUGGAGAAGCCCAAUGCACUGGACAGGAAAAUAUUGAAAAAGUUAAGACUGAGAUUUUAGAUCUUUCUAACCUCAGGCCUGAAUACAAUAUUUACAAGGCUGUGUAUGCUCUGGCCUAUGCACUUGAUGACAUGCUGCACUGUGUACCAGGAAGAGGGCCUUUCAGUGGGAACAGCUGCUCCACUCGACAAACAAUAGAACCAUGGCAGGUUGUACAUUAUUUGCAAAACGUCAACUUUACCACAUCAUUUGGUGAUCAAGUGUUGUUUGAUGAGAAUGGCGAUGCCCUACCAAUAUAUGAUGUCAUGAACUGGCUGUGGCUCCCUGAUGGACGAACUAAAGUUCAGAAUGUGGGUGAGGUUAAGAGGUCGGCCUUCAAAGGUGAAGCCCCCAGGUCAGUGUGCAGUGAGAGCUGUCCUCCAGGUACCCGAAUGGCCAGGAAGAAGGGGCAACCUAAGUGCUGUUUUGACUGCAUCACUUGUUCUGAGGGAAAGAUCAGCAAUAAGACUGAUUCCAUGGAGUGCACCAGUUGUCCGGAGGACUUCUGGUCCAGCCCCCAGCGUGACCACUGUGUUCCUAAGAAAACUGAGUUCCUCUCCUACCAUGAGCCUCUGGGUAUCUGCUUGACCACAACCUCAUUGUUGGGCACAUUUAUUUGUGCUGUUGUUCUGGUAAUCUUUACUUAUCACCGAAGUACACCCAUGGUGCGUGCCAACAAUUCAGAACUGAGUUUUUUGCUGUUGGUGUCACUUAAACUAUGUUUCCUGUGUUCACUGCUGUUUAUUGGCCGUCCUCGACUGUGGACAUGUCAACUGAGACAUGCAGCAUUUGGGAUCAGCUUUGUUCUUUGUGUCUCAUGUAUUCUGGUCAAAACCAUGGUGGUUCUGGCUGUGUUCAAGGCCUCCAAACCAGGAGGUGGAGCCAGUCUGAAGUGGUUUGGUGCUGUGCAGCAGAGAGGAACAGUUUUAGCUCUCACCUGCAUUCAGGCUGCAAUCUGCACUGCUUGGCUUGUUUCUGCUUCACCAGCUCCUCAUAAAAACACUCAAUACCACAAUGACAAGAUAGUUUAUGAAUGUGUAGUUGGGUCCACAGUUGGUUUUGCAGUAUUACUUGGCUAUAUUGGCUUACUGGCUAUCCUCAGCUUCCUGUUAGCAUUUCUGGCAAGGAAUCUUCCCGACAACUUCAAUGAGGCCAAACUCAUCACUUUCAGUAUGCUGAUCUUCUGUGCUGUGUGGGUGGCCUUUGUUCCUGCUUAUGUCAACUCUCCAGGCAAAUAUGCAGAUGCAGUGGAGGUAUUUGCCAUCUUAGCCUCCAGUUUUGGUCUCUUGGUGGCUCUGUUCGGACCCAAAUGUUACAUAAUCCUACUUAAACCAGAGAGGAACACAAAGAAAGCAAUCAUGGGCCGGGGAACCACAAAGUCAUGA